AUGUGGAAAAAGAUACCAUUAGUACCAGAAGAACUUAACAUUUCUGUCACACUCACAAACGGACAAGCAUUCCGUUGGGUAUGUGUAGACGAAAAAGAGAAGAUUUACGCGGCAUCCUUAUGGUCCUGUGUAGUGCUUUUGAAACAAAAGCAUGAAACAGAUGUUGUGGAAUACUGCUUUAAGUAUCCCGAAAAUGAAGUCCCGAAUGAAUCAAAAUCUCGGAAAUUGCUUUUCAGGUAUUUAAAUGUUGAUGUUGACACGAGAAAUCUGUUUCAAUUAUGGGAGGAAAAGGAUCCCACUUUCGCGCAACAUUGUAAAAAUCUUUACGGUGUAAGAAUAUUGAAACAGGAUCCCUGGGAAAAUCUAAUAUCGUUUAUUUGCUCUUCUAAUAACAAUAUUCCUCGUAUCUCUCAAAUGCUACAAAAGCUCUGUUCGAGCUAUGGUACUUGGCUAGGCUACUGGUUUGGACAUGAUUUCUACAGUUUUCCUUCUCUAUCAAAAUUAGCAUCGAUAUCUGAAUUGGAACGUGAAUUAAGAAAUUUGGGUUUUGGUUAUCGAGCGAAAUUUAUUCACAAAUCUGUUCUGUAUCUCUCCAAGAACAAAGGCUUUCUCGAGAAUUUAUCUUCUCUCAGUUAUGAGGCUUGCCGUGACGAGCUUUGUUUAUUGCCCGGAGUGGGCCCCAAAGUUGCCGACUGUGUGUGCUUGAUGAGUUUAAAUAAGUUUGAAUCUAUCCCAGUAGAUACUCAUGUCCUACAAUUGGCUGUUAGAGAUUACAAAAUAUGGCCACGAAAUGCACACUCUGUAUUAUUUACGAAUGAAAUUUAUAAAAGGAAGAAAAGUUACUGUUUAGGUUUUCAGUCGCUUCAUGUUCAGGGUCCUUUCACCGUGAUAUUAGCGGCAAUAGGAAUGUUUCUAUUAAGCUUUUUAUAUGAAGCAUUAAGAAGUUUCCGACUUAAUAUUGAAGAAAAACCCAAUGAAAAAAGAUACCGAAAUACUUAUGUAACAUUAAGUUAUGCACUGCAAGCUUGUUUAUCGCUAUAUCUUAUGCUCUGUGCUAUGUCCUUCAAUGGUUUCGUUAUCAUUCCCAUUAUUUUUGGGGGUGUCUUAGGCUACCGCGUAUUUCCUGUAUCAGCCCGACGUCCUGACUGUGCUUGUCAUUAA